UUUUUGACAGUUCAAGUCAAUUUUGACAGCAUAGCACACGGAAAAGUUGUGAUUUUUAUGGUUUUCGGAUUUUUAUGUAAAUUCUAUUAUUUUGUAAAAGAAGGAUGAAAGCAUGGAAUUUUAAGAAUAUCGAGAGUUAACGAUAAGAAACAACAAUGUACUCCCCAAGGCAGAAGAUACUGUGGUUCGCAUUUAGCACGCGAGUGUUUGUGAUCGUGCUACAAGCAAUAUCCAACUUUAUCAUCCCAGACCACGACGCGAAUGUGUUCACGAGCCCCCGGGACCCGUCACUGCGCGCGGGCUACGCAGACCUCGUCGUGGACAAGCUGCUCGCCGGCCUCAAGCGCUGGGACGCGCAGUACUUCAUACACAUCGCACAGUUCGGCUACACAUAUGAGAACUGCCUGGCAUUUUUCCCAUUCUUCCCCUUAGUGGUUAGAUAUGUUGCCUAUGUACUGAACAGCAUCCUGGGCUCAGUACUGAACUUUCAUAGUGUUCUUCUCAUAUCAGCUGUGUUUGUAAAUAUGGUAAUGUUUGUGAAAUCAGCAGAUAUUCUGCACAGACUCAGCUUGAGGAUCCUCAGAAGUGAGAGCAAGGCAUACAAGGCUACCAUACUGUACUGUGUCAAUCCAGCCAGCAUAUUCUUCUCUGCUCCUUAUUCAGAGACAUUGAUGGCAUGGAUGUCCUUCUAUACUAUGCUUAAGUGUACUGAAAAUGAAACAUUAAGAUUUGCUAAUAUUGACAUUAUGAGUGGGUUUCCUGCUGGAUUCUCAAUGAUAACCAGGUCCAAUGGUUCUGUGAAUCUUGGAUUUAUAUUAUAUGCAAGUUUUAAAAAUAUUAUUGAGAAAACUAUUCCUGAAAUAGUUUACAAAUAUAAGACGGUGAGACGUAAGAUUAUUCUUCCAUUGCUGGUACUGCCACUUGUGACUUCCUUUAUUGCAUUGGUGCUGACUGUGAUAAUUGCUCUCAUUCCAUUCCUACUUGUGCAAACAUAUAAUUAUUUUAAGUACUGUGUGCCUAAUGACCAUAAUUUACCAGAUUUUUUGAGCAGCUAUGAGUAUGUUCUACCUGGCAGUGCUAGCAGCCCCUGGUGCAACAGUACUGUGCCUCUGUCAUAUUCUUAUAUUCAGACACACUACUGGGAAGUAGGAUUAUUUAAAUAUUACAAAUUAAAACAGAUUCCUAACUUUGCAUUAGCAAUGCCAAUAUUAUGUGUCAUAGGUUACCAUUGUAUUACUUACAUACUAAACAAUCUAAGAUUGUGUUUUAGGCUUGGCAUAAGAAGCAAUAUAUUUGAUAGUAGAUAUAUAAAUAAGAUGCCUUAUCGACCAAGGCAAUAUUCUAAAUCAUUUGGGGCCAAUGAUCCAACAAUGUUUGUAUAUGUAGUACAUGUAUUGUUUUUAACUGUAUUCUGUAUAGUGUUUGUCCACAUCCAAGUUUCGACCAGAUUACUAGCAUCAGCUAGUCCCGUGUUGUACUGGAUAUGCUCCAGCCGUAUGAAUGUGGGCCCGACACCCACAGCCGACCAGAACACUAUAAAUGAGCAUUUCAGACGCAUUGGCAUAGGGAAGAGAAUCCCUUCUCACCAUCUCUCUAUUGCUAAUCUUGAAGGAGUUGACAAUAUGUACAGCAAAUGGAGAACUUUUAUUAUAUCAAGAAGAAUGCCCGACUUACAUUCAAGACUUAUCCAGUAUUACUUUCUGGGGUAUCUAGUGAUUGGUACUAUUUGCUUUUCAAACUUUUUACCAUGGACAUAGUUAUUUCUAGAAUAUCAUAUCACUAAUCUACAAUUUCACAUAUCAUUGUGUCAUAUCCAAGAGAGUGUAGGAACAAUCUAAAUUCACUCUAUCGCACAAAACAUUUAAAUGUAUUUAUUAUAAAAUUUUAAUGCUUGGAAUUUAAUAAUUAUGGGGCCUUAGAGCUUUUAAGAAUGCUGUUGGCAAUGUGCCUCUAAUUUUAUCUUAGUUAAUUAGGACUUAACUUAAAUAUUGAUCUCUAUUAGAUGUUUAAUGUUUCAAUUAGUCAAUCAUACUUGUGUUCAUUUAAAUUUAAGCUAAAUUAAUUGUGUAAGUAAUUAAGUAUCUGAUGUACCAUUUGUACCUGUUCACAUUGUUUGCUAUUAUACUGCUAUGCUAGUCCAAUGAAAUGCAUUAUUUAUAGUUUAUAGUGAGUAAGAAUUUAGGAUACAAGACAAUAUAGUACGAGCAUCUGCAAGCUAAUUCUAAAUAUUGCAACUGUAAUGUUUGUAUUAUGGGAAAAUAAUUUAUAAUUACAUAUAUUACACCCAACUUCUGAUGCGAUGUUUGCAUGUGCUUUACAAAAUCCAGGUUGUCAUUUUUCACUCUCACCAAUAACUCAUGAUUUGAGUCAACUUAUAUUGACUAUGACCCAUAGAAUAUAAAUAAUAGUACGAGAUAGGUAGUUAAAUAGCCAUUUCACUAUUUACAUGUGCUGUUGUAUAAAGUUCAUAAUUUAUAUUACAGAAUAUAGUAAUGUUACAAUUCUACAAUAAUUACCAUAAAUCUAGCUUCAAUUAAUAUAUUUUAAGAUCUGCACCGUCCAAAGCUUUGCAUUUAUUUGAAUAGCCUAUUCCAUUUAAAUUAUAAUUAUCAUAAUCAUCAAAAUAAGCUUUUGCAUUAUCAAAGCUUUUUGCAAUACAUUUUAUAAAUAUGAAUUUAAUAAAUCUUGUUACCUGAUUGAAUUUUUUAGUCUAAGCCAAACUUUUUGACGGUUGUGAAACUGCAUUUUAAAUAAAAUAGUAAUUUAAAA